AUUUCUCCAACUGCGCCGAGCGAUCCUGGGGUUCAAGCACCACAAUCAUCUCAUCCACUGCUGCAUUAUCCUGGCUCUUUAUCAGCUCCAGGUCACCAGGAACAGUUUCAUAUUCCUUAUUUCCCUCCCACUCGCCACAUUACUAUCUGCGACCGACUGCGAUGCGGUGAACGACGCCAUCCGAAAGCUCCUGAGUUCCUAGUCUGUCUUCAACCUCCAAGGCCGCCAUGACUAUUAUCUCAGAGCAGACGAUCCUUCCCGGUCGCUAUUCGAUAACCGCCUCCGAGAAAGCGGCCGCGAAACCUGCACCGAAGCUCUACAAUACUAUAGACUAUCCGUUCAAGGGGUAUCAUGCACCGCAGCCGGAGGGGUAUGAACAGAGCAGGUCCAAAGCCGAUACGAGCGCCAUCGUCAUUGAUAAUGGUUCCAGCCUCGUCAAGGCCGGUUGGUCCUUCGAUAAGAACCCCCGGGUCACUCUUCCCCCUGUGAUGAGCCGAUACCGUGACCGAAAGCUCAACAAGGCAUGUCAAUUCAUCGGAAGCGAUGCCUACGUUGAUGCUACAACCCGUGGUCAGCUCCGGUAUGCCUUCGAUCCCGGUAGCAGUGUUGUUGGAAACUGGGAUGUCAUGGAAGGAUUGCUGGACUACAUCUUCAUCAAAUUGGGAGUGGAUGGGGCCAACGGAGGAAUCGACCGACCCGUCGUGAUGACGGAGCCUAUUGCGAAUCCGAACUACCCAAGAAAGAUGAUGAACGAGAUCCUGUUCGAGUGCUACUCUGCGCCAUCUGUUGCCUACGGAAUUGACUCCCUUUUCUCCUAUCGGUACAACCGUGGAUCCAACGGACUUAUCGUUUCCUCGUCUCAUACAUCGACGCAUGUAAUUCCCGUCUUGAACAAUAAAGCACAACUCGCGAAUUGCUCACGACUAAAUUGGGGCGGCAUGCAGACAUCGGAAUACCUGCUGAAGUUGAUGAGACUGAAGUACCCGACAUUCCCGGCCAAGAUGACAGAACACCAGAUGGAGGACCUCGUGCAUAAGCAUUGCUAUGUUUCCACAGACUUUGACUGGGAGCUGAGUGGCUUCUUGGACUGGACUGGACUCGAGGACCGGGACCAUGUCGUUCAAUACCCCUUUACGGAGCAUGUGGUUCAAGAGAAAACAGAGGAGGAACUCGCGCGUAUAGCAGAGAGGAAAAAAGAGAGUGGACGUCGACUUCAAGAACAAGCGGCGAAGAUGCGGUUGGAAAAGCUCAUGAAGAAAGAGCAAGAGUUGGAAUACUACAAGGAUUUACAAAAUGGCCUUGCAUCGGAAACCAAGAAGGAGGCCAGGCGUAUUUUGGAAGCCGAAGACCUGAAAGAUGAAGCACACCUGGACCGACUGAUUCGGGACCUAGAAAAGUCUAUCAAACGAUCGAGGAAUAAGGACCUUGGAAUUGAAGAGAAUGAGGAGCCCUCGGAGGAAAUGUCGUUUCCCUUGUUGGAUGUCCCAGAUGAGCAAUUGGAUGAGGCAGGAUUGAAGGAGAAACGCCAUCAGCGGCUUAUGAAGUCGAAUGUUGAGGCUCGGCAACGUGCAAAGGCGGAGAAGGAACGCGAGAAGGCUCGUCGCGAAGAAGAGGAGCGCCUUGAUCGGGAAAGGCGAGAGAAUGAUUUUGAUAACUGGAUUGCUGAACGGAGGGCUAAUCGACAGAACCUACUCCAAAGGAUCAAGGAACGUGACAGGCUGAAGGCCGACCUUGGCAAUCGAAAAUCAUUGGCAAGCCAGAUGCGUAUGAAGACCCUUGCCAAUCUGGCAGCAGAUGGACCGAAGAAACGUCGGAGAGGUGGUGACGACGAUGACUUUGGUGCGAACGACGACGAUUGGGGUGUUUACCGUACCGUUGCUACUGGAGAUCAAAGUGAUGAAGAGGAGGAAGAAGACCUUGGUGGGAUGCUCAAUAAUGCCGAAAACGAACUCCUUCAGUACGAUCCUGAGUUCACUGAGAAUCACACGCUCGCUGCGCAAUCCGACUGGACGAAGAGUCUGGUCCAUGCCUUCUUGCGUGGUCCCUGGCCCUUUGACCCUGAAAGUCAACGCGAGGCUCAUCAGAUUCACCUGAAUGUAGAGCGUAUCCGAGUGCCAGAGGUGGUGUUCAAACCGUCCAUCGCAGGUGUAGAUCAAGCGGGAUUGGUCGAGAUUGCUGCUGACAUUGUCAACCAACGAUACACCAACCCGACCGACCAAACAAAUUUGCUACGUGAUGUGUUCCUGACGGGCGGAAACACGCUCUUCCAGGGAUUCGAUGAACGUUUCCGCAAUGAUUUCCGGGGAUUGCUCCCUGUCACUACAGAGUUGAAUGUCCGCCGUGCAUCCGACCCGGUCCUGGAUGCCUGGAAAGGAGCGGCACAAUGGGCGUCGGGGUCGGAGCUGGGCCAACUGUCUAUUUCGCGAGAGGAGUACCUGGAGAAGGGCAGUGAAUACAUUAAGGUAUGUCGGAAUUCACUGAUGAGAAGGUAAUGGCUGACCCAACGUCUAGGAACACGAUCUUGGAAAUGUGACUUCGUGAUAAAAUGUGGUUUUCUGGUUGUGCCAUCUCAACACUGAUGCACCAUUAAUGUUGAAAAAAAAAAAAUCGCCCCUUGAAAUGAAGACAAAGACUUAGAUCACGAUGAUGUUAUCCACGGCGCGAGGGAUAAAGGAGGAUGACUGAUGAAACGCAGGGAAUCAGGCG